CGAGUUGCACGAUCAAAAUGGAAAAUUGAUCACAAAAUGUAUGUAUAAUAUUAUCGGGACACAAAUCUAGUAGAUCGGAUUAAAAAGGGCACCCGACCCGACCCGACUCAGCAAUAAUCUGACCCGACGACGUGGCAUGAUUUUAUGACCCUACCGACCUUUCUCUUUUCAACUCUAAAAUUCAAAGAAACAAAAAAUUGCUCAUAAUUAGCUCCUUACGAAUCCAAAUUUGCAAAUUGAGUGUGUAAUUCGGCAAUUGAUCAAAUAUGGCAUACGAAGAAGUUGCAAUAGAAGCAAUUAAGCAUGCUUUGAAGUCCCUUAAAAAGCGGCAUUUAGUGGAAGAAGGGGCUCAUGCUCCUGCUUUGCUUGCCCUCAAUAGGCCUCUCGUUUUGCAGGGUUCAGAGUGGAAAGAGAAAGCUGAAAAUCUUGAACUGGAACUUCAACAAUGUUAUAAAGCUCAAGCACGACUUUCAGAGCAGCUUGUAGUGGAAGUGGCUGAAUCCAGAGCAUCAAAAUCUUUAAUUCAAGAGAAGGAAACUGUCAUUACUGACCUUCAAAACGAGCUAAAUCAAGCAAGGGAUGAAUGUUCACGUUUAACUGAACUUCUUGAGGAAAAGACUAAAGCUUUGGAAUUGCUUGUGGAUGAGCACCAGGACCUUAAAGCACAACUUGAAGCAAUGACUCUGAGAGCAAACAAUGCUGAGGCAGAAAAUAAAACAUUGGUUGACCGAUGGAUGCUGCAGAAGAUGCAGGAUGCUGAGCGCCUUAACGAGGCUAAUUCUCUCUAUGAAGAUAUGCUUGAUAAGGUCAAGGCUGCAAGUAUAACGAAACUUGCUCGUCAACAAGUGGACGGUGUGGUCCGCCAAAGUGAAGAUGGUGCAGAAUUUUACCUUGAUUCUCCCGUUCCUAGUACUUGCAAGCAAAGGAUCCCAGCCCAUGAUGGUGGAUGUGCGUCGAUUCUUUUUGAGAAUAACUCUAGUAAAUUGAUAAGCGGUGGGCAGGACCGGGCAAUUAAAAUGUGGGAUACUACAAGUGGAUCAUUAACCAACAGUCUUUAUGGUUGUCUGGGUUCUGUCCUUGAUCUUUCCAUCACACACGAUAACAAAUUCAUCAUAGCAGCAAGCAGUUCAAAUAACUUGUACGUGUGGGACGUAAAUUCAGGCAGGAUACGUCAUACUCUUACUGGGCACAUAGAUAAGGUUUGUGCAGUUGAUGUGAGCAAAUUUUCAAGUCGCCAUGUGAUAAGUGCUGCGUAUGAUCGCACUAUAAAAGUUUGGGAUCUGCAGAAGGGUUACUGUACCAACACUAUUAUCUUUCACAGUAACUGUAACAGCCUUGCGUUUAGCAUGGAUGGAUUGACUAUUUGUUCUGGUCAUGUUGAUGGGAAUCUUAGAUUAUGGGAUGCUCAAACAGGCAAGCUUCUGAGUGAAGUUGCUGCACAUUCACAGGCUGUUACGUCAGUUUCACUCUCUCGAAAUGGAAACAUGAUAUUAACCAGUGGGAGAGACAACUUGCACAAUCUAUUCGAUAUUCGCACCCUUGAAAUUUGUGGCACUUUCAGGGAAAAUGCGAACCGAGUGGCAUCUAAUUGGAGCCGAUCGUGUAUGAGUGCAGAUGAAAGUUAUGUUGCUGCAGGUUCUGUUGAUGGGUCUGUUCAUAUUUGGUCAGUAUCAAAUGCUAAAAUGGUAAGCACAUUGAAAGAGCAUACAUCCCCAGUACUUUGUUGUACAUGGAGUGGUCUUGGGAAACCUCUGGCUACCUCAGAUAAGAGUGGAAUCGUAUGUAUUUGGUCAUGAUAUCAUUUCAAAGUUCCCAAGUGUUUUGAGUAGCGGCAUGUUCGGUCGACCUGUUAUAGAGUGCUCAGUAGUGUCAUUUGUUCAUUUUAGUUUGCUUAAAGCACAAAUUUGGUUAUCAUACUGAUUGUGAAGCCACAAAUAUGCGCAUCCUACUUGUAUAAAAAUCAUGGGCUGACAUUGUACAUACUACGUUAAGCUUUUAAGCUGAAAAAAUAGAUAUCUUUAGUUGA